AUAAAAAAUUUAAAAUACUUAAUAAUUUUACCAAAGUCCUGCACACCCUCGCAUAUAUGCAGGUCCGCCACUGCGGAGGACUAUAUUACCUUAGUUAUUUGGAUGAUAAUAUGCUUUUGGGUCGUGCUGUUGGCGGGGGAGGGAUGUUUGUGUUUUCAAGAGCCCAAUCUCCCUACUGAUGAGCACUGAGCAGGAGUUAAAAAUUGUACUGUUUGCCAGCAAUAACACUCAAUGAGCCUUUGUUUAUGGAAGUGGCCCCAUGGAGAGAGCAAGAAAUUGAUCAGAGGCAUAUAGCGCAUAAGGAAUUCUGCAAAGCUUUAUUGAAGAAGGCUAUCCUGUGCAGUUGUCUGUGUUGACUUGAUUUGAACUGCUUUUUUUGUUGAUGUGUGUAUAUCUGCAUUGCUUGUAUCAAUUUCGUUAUAUAUUGGCAAAGUACGAAGAUGGUGAGUGUUCAAUGUAGAUGUUAAUGUAACUGAUACAACUUGUGGGAAAAUGAUAAGGAGCCCAAUCCUCUCGCUAUGUGCAGUGUAGGCAUCUUAUAAUUAUUUUAUGUUGCAUUGCAUAAGAUAGAUAUCUCUAGUUAGUUUUCUUAUUUAAUUAGUUUUAUCUGUUAUUUUUAAAUUAUCAAUAAUAGAUCAUGGUUGGGAUGUUAUGGGAGGCAGAAAGUGAAUAAAAACUUGUUUUGAGUGUGUAUAAAUGAGAUCCGUAGCAGAUAGUUUUUCACGUUCAAAGUACGCAUUUGAAAUAGUAAAUAAGCCAAUGAAAGAGCAUCAUCAUUUAAACAAAACUAAAAAGAGAGGGAGAAACAAUUUCAUCAAGAUUCCCGGCAAUUAGUUCAUUGCAGUUGUGGUCGGCGUCCUAUAAAAUGCCACUGAUUAAGCUGACACCUAAAUGGAAAAUGGAAAUUAGGAGAAGGAGCGAUUCGAGACACAAAGUUCUAGAAAGAUGAAAAGGACCCGUGAUGGGCACAAAUAUGGGAACCCAUUCCAUUCACAGAAAUAAGAGUUGGAGAGAGAUAGAAAGAGGAAAGAGAUGGAGAAGAAUAAGAACUCAAGGGAUGAAGGGAUUGGUAAGGUUCCUGAAGAUGUUGUGAUAGAGAUAUUGGUGAGAGGGGGAAUAAGGGAGUGGGAGCAGAUAUCAUGCGUGAAGAAGCAGUGGGCAUCUCUUUUCCGCUGCGAUUGCGAAUGCUUCUGGCAAGCUGCACUUUCCUUCUAUUAUCCACACCAACUCCCACUCCCUCCCCCUCCAACAUGGCCUGUUCCUUUACCCAACAACUCCAAGAGGAGAUUCAUUGCUUUAUAUAUUAGUCAACACAUCUUUGCCUCCGAUCCUCCACACGAGAUCCUUGGCCACACCUAUCUCUUCUUGAAAGAUCAGCUUCAACCUUCUAUUAUGCCUCCUCAUAGUGGAAUACUUCACGGAACCAUCAUUGAUCAGUUCAUUGCUUGCGGCAAGUCCAGGGACGUUGCUCACGAACUUGCUUCUCGGAUUUGGCUUGCUGUCGUCGACAAUUUGGACCAAAACCAUCACUCCUUCUCCUUACUUAAACGCCUUGCCCAUGAAGGGGAUGUUUUUCUUCCAUACCCUUACACCAGAUCAGUCAAAGUACAAUGGAGACUGUUUGAGAAGCUUUUUACUGAUUUCCGUGAUUGCUUCAACCAUGUAGAUUAUUAUGAUAUGUUGGGAUGUGCCAAGAGCAGGUUUCACCCAAUACCAUCUGCUUGGUUAGGUUACUAGUUAGCAAAUUCUAAUGAAGCCUGCCUUAUCAAUUCUCUUGUUUAGGAAAAUUGUUUACCUUCCUUCAUGUGUAACUGAAGUCAAUCAAUUCUCAUUGUGAAAAAUCUCUUAUUUUUCACAUGUAAAGAAACAUCUAUCCAAUAAGAGAAUUUGUAUUUAAUUUUUUUUA